UAACCCAUUUAUUCUACUACCAGCUUAAUCCUUGAGCUUUGUUUGCUGGGUUGGUUCGGUUAAUUUCCACAGCUAUGGGGUUUUCUGAAAUUUGAGAUGGGGAAUUCUCUAAUUAUUCCGUUAAUGUUUGAUUGAUAUCUCUGAAAUUUGAGAUGGGUUUUGUUUUUUCUUGAUGUGGAAAGUAAAGGUCUUGAAUUUGCUGUAAACGGUUGUUGUUUCGAUGGGUGAGACAGAGGUGACCACGACAAACGUAAACGUUGGCAAGAACGAGAGAAAUGGGCAGCUCAAGCUCAAGGCCUUUAAUUUGGCGUUUUCCAAAGCGUUGUUGCAGGUUCCUCAGAAGCUGCAAAAUUGUGUAAAGCUAAAGAGACUGGUAAAGGAUGACGGAGUGAAAACGGUGAGCUUUCUACCGAAAAAGGAUGCAUCUUUGGAGGUUGACUUGGAGAAGCAGUUGCAAGCCUGGAGAGAAAAUCCUUCUUGGGUUGAUCAACCACCAGAUAUGAAGGUCAGCGUACCAAAAGGUUCUCUUUGCAACCUCAGUGUAAGCGUUGAUGUUGGGUUGCCCCCGGAUGCAGUAUAUAAUAUUGUAACUGACCCUGAUAAUAAGAGGGUUUUCAAAAAUAUUAAGGAAGUGAUAUCCAGAAACGUUUUGGUUGACGAAGGUCAUAGGCAGGUGGUUGAACUGGAGCAAGCUGCUAUAUGGAAGUUUCUUUGGUGGUCAGGGACCUUUGCGGUUUGUGUUUUAGUAGAUCAAAACAGAAAAGAUCACUCAAUGAAGUUCAAGCAAGUCAAAACAGGGUUUAUGGAGAAAUUUGAAGGCUGCUGGAGAAUGGAACCUCUUUUUGUCGAUGAAAAGACCUGCUUUCCGUUCAAACCCAAGACAUGGGCAGAUUAUAAUUCUUGCACAGGAGGCAAAGGAAGGAUCGGUUCAAAGUUGAGCUUGGAGCAACUAAUCCAGCCAUCUAUAGUUCCACCCCCACCUAUUUCUUGGUACCUACGGGGAAUCACCAGCAGGACUACUGAGAUGCUGAUAAACGACAUGCUUGCAGAAGCUGCCAGAUUAAGAGGAGAAUUAAAUCCUGAAGAGUCUAAUAAAGAGAUUGAAAUGUCUCAGGACGGGGAAGUACUUAGUCACGUUGAUAAUGUAUCUGACAUCAAAGAAAGAUGGGCCUUGCACAGGAGGAACGCAAAGCAAUGCCAUCGGAGGCUACCGCCUGUCAAAUGAUCGAAUUCUGUUGAGUUAGUAUUUAAUGCCAGCACUUAUCCCUAUUCGUUAUGAUGGAAAUUGAUAUGUAAUACCGUCAAUAAUCCGUCAAGUGUAGUGACCUUUGCGCCGUGUAUCAACUCCUCCCUUUCAACGAGGGUGGAGGAUGAGAUCGAGGAUGAUUCAAUCCCCAUGUAUGUUGUACAUUCUGAUUGCCCGUCAGAAACUGUUUGUUGUGUCUGCCUUGUAAGUUAAGUUAAUGUUGUAAUGAGUCUGAUGACAUUGAAAGAAGAUGCUAUAAUUUGCACUAAACAUUA